AUUUGAAUGUUGCUUUACAAAUGCCGAUUGUUAGAAAAACGCGUCUGUUCAGCGCAAGAACGAAGCCUCGAUGUUUCCAGAAUUAGAAAAUACCGCUUUUUUUUCAAUAAGGCCUAUAUCUCACUGACCAAUCAGAAAACGACAAUUAACGCUAUAUCUCACUUGCGCGAAAUAGGAAAUUACGUCCGUCGACUGGCACUCAAAUUUAUACGGUGCAUCCUCGCUUGAUGUCCUUGAGUAAGGUUCGGCAACAACUUGGAGCGUUGGUGCAGUGGUGCCAGGUGCUAUGUUGAUUCCGUCUAUCUUUGCCUCGCACUCAUCGGUCUCAAACAAGUACAACAAACUAGCGGUUCGCUUUUCAGUUUCUUCACAUCGCCUUCACAACUUGUGGCUGACUGGAAAAAUCAAUAUAGAACGUUGCACGCAGGUACAUCGGCUCAAGUUGCCACACUGCACAGUAGUAUACAAUGAACAGACAGAAUACGAUUGAUGUCAGAGCGGAAAAAGUUGUGUGGAAUAAUAAACGAUCCAAGAAUAAAGUAUGUUUGCACAGUAGUUGUUCAUUUGGAUAAAAAUUAUUGUGAAACUAUCAGUAAACUCACAACUAUAAGAUCCCGUGAUAAGUUAUGCGGGAAGAACUAGUGAAGAAAUUACAGACCCUCCAAGAACGCAAACGUCUUAUGUGUUCGCGUUCAACAAAAAUUCGUGAAAUCGAACUUAAAAGGAAAAUUAUUAAUAAUGUGUUAGAAAUUGUACCGAAAUCAUCGGAAACUGCCACAAACCUACGUGAAAUGGAAUCUGAGGUAAACAAACAAGAUAUUGCUCUACGACCGUGGAAGGAAAGAAAAUUAAUGAAGUCAACGAACCCAGUAGAUAAAACGCAAACUCCUGCUCCGGUUGCUUUGAAGCCAAUCCCUGUCAGAGAUCCAAGUCGUAUUCAUGCUGACAGUUUGCGUAAAGGCAGUUUAGAAUGGCGUUUAGAUUAUGCAGUGGAGUCCGGUCGUAUUGAUCUAGCUGAAAAGAUAAGCGACUUUAUAGGAGAAGGUUGUUCUUCUCCUACUGGCCCUCCUAACAAAACUAUUCCUAUGGAGGUUGGUGAACAAACUGAAUCCAGGGAAAGAUUGAAAUUUCGACGACCUGUUUGGCUUUUUCAGGCGAAAGAACGAUGGGAGGCUAAAUCAAAUAUGUAACAUUAACUAUGUCAAUAGCAUCAUUAUGGGUGUUGUGCAGUUAUGAAGAGGAAACUUACAUAUGCCUAACUUCAAUCAUUUUUAUUGUUGUACAUAAUUAAAAUUUACACUUAUUGAUAAAAUUGCUUCUUGUUUUAUGCAAACAUCAAGAAUGAUAUGAUCAUUGUAGCUAAAUAUUCUUUUGAAAGCAUAGACUGUUACAUGAAUGACGGUACUUUGGUACUGUGUAGCAUUUCAUUAUGAGAUACCGGUUUGAUUUUUCGAGUUUUAAGAAAAAACAAAAUGGAAUUUAUCCCACGCUGUGUAUAUCCGUAUUCUCUUGAUCAGUGUGCUACUUGUUUAUCUUGUGUUUUCCUGUUUACGCUAUCUUCGUGAAUUGCUGAGCAUUUUAACGAACACGCUGAUCAUAUGGUAUAUUGUAACGUGUAUACACUUAUAUUUUCCUGAAUGAAAUUAAACAGAACAUGAUACCAUGGA